GAAGCACAAAGGUCGAGCGGAGCAGAGGAGUUUCCGAAUUUCCGUUAUCCAUUCUCUCUCUCUGUAUCUCUCGAAGGUUUUUAAAUCUCCCUGCAAAUUUUAGGGUUUUUGAGCGAAUCUUGAAAUUUGAAUUCGACUGUUGAGAAACGAUGGUUUCCGAUUCGAUCACCAACGCUUCCAUUCAUGCAGCCCCAAACAACAACAACAACGCCCGGGAUGUGGGCAAGAAGAAGAGGGCCAGGUCUGCCAAAUUGAAGCAGUGCAAGCUCGAUGUUCGUCGUGAGCAAUGGCUUUUUCAAGGCGCUGUGAAGAAUAAGGACUGUAAAGCGGAACAGAACGGCGUCGUUGAAGAACGCAAAGACCGUAAUAACCACCGUCCCUUCGGUAAUCUAGGGAUGAGGCCCGGAGGCGGUGAGAAUGACGGAUCGAUCCAUCACCACCACCACCAUGACAGCGAUUUGGACUCGAACAGUCCGAACAGUUUGACAAGUAGCGUCUUGGGCAGCAACUAUUCCGAGACUAACUUCACUGGGUCUAGCAGCAGCAGCAGCAGCAGCGGUGGCUGUUGCUCUGGAAAUAUCACAGAGGAUGAUGAAGGCGGUGGCGAUGAUGGGUGCUUGGACGAUUGGGAAGCCGUGGCUGACGCCUUAGCCGCCAACGAGAAGCCGAAAAACCCAUGUUUGGAGUCUCCCCCAGAGCAUGAUCCAAUUGCUCAAUCGGGUUCUCCUCAGGAAACGACUAUUGGGUCUGAUGGGCCGAGUUUUGGGGUUGAAAAUUCGAAGCCUCAGUGCGCCAGAACUAUCCCUAAAGCUUCAGGAAAUGGCCUGGCUUGGAGGCCUGACGAUGCUUUUCGGCCUCAGAGUCUGCCCAAUUUAGCUAAGCAGGUUAGCUUGCCAAAUUCGAACCGGAAACAUUACGGUUGUGGUGGUGUUCCUUGGGCCUAUAGUGGUGUUGUUUCUGUGCCAUCCUCAUGUCCUAUAUGCUAUGAAGAUUUGGAUUUCACGGACACGAGCUUUCUGCCAUGCUUGUGCGGAUUCCGGCUCUGCCUUUUCUGCCACAAGAGGAUUCUCGAGGAGGAUAGCCGCUGUCCUGGCUGCAGGAAGCCCUAUGAGCAUGAGCCUGUUGAGGCAGAGGCAAGUGUGCAUGGAGGUAGCCUCACGUUUCGGCUGCCUCGUUCUUGUAGCCUGAUCACAAGGUCCUAAAAAGAACUUAUGUUUUCGCGAGAUAUGUACUCUGGUCUCUGUUUUUUGUGUUUCAUUGGUUUUUGCGUGUUCUACAGUCUUAGAAUUUGAUUUCUUUAGUUAGAUGUGGGUAUAGGGUUUUGAGCGCCCGGAAUUGAUCUGCUUCUCUUUUGAGUUGGUUCUUAUCUGUAUGGUGCAUGUGCUGAGGUAGAGAACUCAGUGACUCAGUGUUCUUAUGUGAAUAGAUAAGGUGGUAUAGAAAUUCAAUACAUGAAACAAGUAUACACUAUUAUGGUAUUUCUUUUUAUCUUUU